UUUCUGUCAACUUCCCGUGAAUGAAACCCGCCAUCUUGUCGCGCCGAGCAGAAGAAGAGCACCAGAUAUGGCUGACUACAGCAGCGUGGCUCCCCCGUCCUCUAACGCCGGUGGCGGAAUGAACGAUGCUUUUAAAGAUGCUCUUCAGCGAGCACGACAGAUUGCAGCAAAGAUUGGCGGUGAUGGCGUUGCGGCACCCCCAACAAAUGAAUUUGGUUACGGAGGCCAGAAAAGGCCCCUGGAGGACGCUGGUGGGUAUUUUCCCAUGCCUAACCUGAAUAUCGACCAACCAGAGACAAAGAAAGUGGCUACAAAUGAUGCCUUUUCAGGAAUGAGUGGAAUGGGUGGUCCCUCAAGGGCAGCGUCAGAAGAAUUUAAGGUUCCAGAUGGAAUGGUUGGAUUCAUUAUUGGAAGAGGGGGUGAGCAAAUUUCACGUCUUCAGCAGGAGUCUGGAUGUAAAAUUCAAAUUGCACCUGACAGCGGAGGAAUGCCGGACAGGUCGGUGACGUUAACAGGACCACCUGAAUCGAUCCAGACUGCAAAGAGGCUUCUUACAGAGAUUGUUGAAAAGGGUAGACCCGCUCCGGCGUUUCACCACAACGAUGGCCCCGGAAUGACCGUUCAGGAGAUUAUGGUCCCUGCCUCUAAAGCGGGUCUUGUCAUUGGGAAGGGGGGAGAAACCAUCAAAAGCCUUCAGGAAAGAGCUGGCGUAAAGAUGGUCAUGAUCCAAGAUGGACCCCAGAACACAGGCGCUGACAAGCCACUUCGCAUUUCAGGAGAACCUUUUAAAGUUCAGCAAGCUAAAGAGAUGGUGAUGGAGCUGAUCAGAGAUCAAGGCUUCAGGGAGCAGAGGGGCGAGUACGGUUCACGGAUUGGAGGAGAUAGCUUAGAUGUUCCUGUUCCACGAUUUGCAGUAGGUAUUGUCAUAGGCAGAAAUGGAGAGAUGAUCAAGAAAAUACAGAAUGACACAGGCGUCCGGAUCCAAUUCAAACCAGACGAUGGCAGCACACCAGAUCGGAUAGCACAGAUUAUGGGUCCACCUGAUCAGGCUCAGCAUGCAGCGGAAAUCAUAUCGGACCUGUUGAGGAGUGUCCAGGCUGGUGGACCUCCAGGACACGGUGGUGGCAGAGGACGUGGUCGUGGGCAAGGCAACUGGAACAUGGGCCCCCCUGGAGGCCUGCAGGAGUUUAGUUUCACUGUCCCGACAAUGAAGACUGGCCUCAUCAUUGGGAAAGGUGGUGAGACAAUCAAAGGGAUCAGUCAACAGUCAGGAGCCCGGAUUGAACUACAGCGGAAUCCUCCACCUAAUGCUGACCCAAACAUCAAGAUGUUCACCGUCAGAGGUUCUCCUCAGCAGAUCGACUAUGCCCGACAGCUGGUGGAGGAGAAAAUUGGGGGACCAGUCACUCCUGUGGGUGGCCCACAUGGCCCUCCUGGUCCACAUGGAGGUCCAGGUCCACAUGGUCCUCCUGGACCACCUGGGCCCCCCGGUGCCCCCAUGGGUCCAUAUAACCCUGGACCAUACAACCAGGGACCUCCAGGACCACAUGGUCCUCCGGCGCCUUACCAGCCUCAGGGAUGGGGCAAUGGAUACCCACAUUGGCAGCAGGGACAACCAGACCCAAAUAAAGCAGCAGCUGAUGCCAAUGCCGCAGCGUGGGCAGCUUACUAUGCUCAGUAUGGGCAACAGCCGCAGGCGCCCAUGACCCCAACGAGUGGAGCUCCUGGCACGACUCAAACAAAUGGCCAAGGUGACCCACAGGCUGCAGGUCAGAGUGGACAGGCAGAUUACACCAAGGCCUGGGAGGAAUAUUACAAGAAAAUGGGUCAACAGAGCCAACAACCUCAGGACUACACGAAAGCCUGGGAAGAGUAUUACAAGAAACAAGGUCAAGCGGCUCCUCAGGCCACUCCAGCAGCAGCAGCCUCGCAGCCAGGAGGACAGCCCGACUACAGCGCUGCCUGGGCAGAGUACUACCGUCAGCAGGCCGCUUACUACGGCACGUCCAACCCUCAGGCCAUGGGUGCAGCACCACAAGCUCCUCAGGUACACUCGUGCUAAGAAUCCGCCCGCCACAUUCACUUAUAGCCAGUUGUUUUGUACUGUAACCUGCUUCCUUCCUCAGGUUUUACAGGGCUCCGGUGGCUGCAGCAGUAACACAUAACCAAAACACUCUUCCUCCCUGCACAGGUUUUAGCUUUUUAUUUUGGGAAGCUGAGUCCACUGUUUCUGCUGUUAACAUGCAACGUAUCUUCUAUGUAUUUCUUCUGCACAGGGCCAGUAAUGUGACGUGGACAUAAAGUAAAUGCUACAUUGUCGAAACAAAAUCCUUUGUUAAAUGUUUGGAUGCAGACGCCUUGAUGAAGAUCUUAAAUUUCCUUGGUUUGAAAGUGUUUCACAUAGAUGGCAGAUUUCCCGGCGAACACGUCCUCUUUCUUUUUGUUUUUUUUGUUGCUGUUUUUCUUUUCUUGUAAAUGCUUUGUUUUUAGUAAGGUAAUUAUACAUAUGGUCAUUCCAGCCCUGUAUCUACAUUAAAUGUGGUUAGAACUCAUGUUUAUUAAACUGUAGACAUUACCAUGUAAAUCAUCUCAGUUUUAAAAUGCUAUUGCCUGUUGUGUUUUUGCAAUAAAACAAACUGAAACCUCCUGUGUUGGUAAGUUGGGGUGGUCUGGAAGAUAAGGGGUUGAAUUUCUGUAUGUUUUUAUUUUUACCUGGGGCAGUAGGGGGGGGAGUUUGAGGUGCAGGCCAUGUGUGGAUGUAAUUGUCCAAAAGGGUGGACUCAAGGUUGUCCUGUCUCUCUCCAACUGUCGAUGAGGCUUCUAGAUGUAUUCUAUACGUGCUGUGACUACACGGUUCAGACCAGCACCCCAUUGUUGAUAGCCUUUUAACACUUGCUGACACUAUGACUCGAGCUCUAGACAGAUGUUUGACAGGUUUGUGUAUUGUGACUCUUGCAUUAACUGCGUUGCUGCGGCUCUGAUGUUUAAACCUUUUGCCUGGUUUGCUGACAUUGUUGAGGUAGAAUGCACUGUACUUUGCCUUGAUAGACACUUCCUCCUCCACAGGCGAGUUUAGAAAAGCGGUAAGCAAGUACAUAUAUUUUUCUCCUAAACAUGUUGCUCAGAAAAUGUGGUUUCAAGAAAUGUUGCAUUUUUAGUGCUCUCUAUUUUUGUGCCGUUCUUUUUCCAGGACAGUAAAGAUAAAUGGCAACUGUAUCGAAAAUGCUUUGAAAAGUUUGUCUUGCCCGUUUCCAAUUGUGAACUAACUCAUGUAUUUUUUUAAAGAAUGUUUUUUUAAUAUAAAAACAUUGCAAAAUCGUUUUUUUGCUGUCCCCAUUCUGUUAGUGUUUAUCCAAUAUAAGAACAUAGAUGUUGUAGGGUCGGAGGUGGCUAAGCAGCCCUCGUCCUUCACUUGAGCCCUCCUGUAAUGUAAGUACAAAACUGAUUCUCUCUGAGAGACACUCGCCAUUUUGAUGCAUUUAUAAACUGCAAACGAUGUAGUAUUUUUGUCAAAUAUUGUCAUUCCCCCCCUUCUUUCGGGUAAGUAUGAAAUGUUCUGAGGAGAGGCUUUAGUCAUUUAGUCUCUGAUUAUUCUUGUACCACAUGUUUCUGAGACCUUUUCCCUUGUGUGCCACUUGACUGCUUACUCUUCACAGUAUGUUGAUUCUUUGUAGUUUGAUCUAGACUCUGUUGGUAGCAUUUCAGUGCCAGUUGGAUAUUUCUGAAUUGAGGGUUUGAAUGUCAGCACUCUGUUAGGAACUGAUUUAAGGAUGUCCAUAUGGGUUUUUGUGCGUUUUUAAAGUUGCCCUGCAAAGAAAAGUGACAUUUCUGCCACAUGUUGCAUAACUCCAGCGUAGCAUGCUUAGGUUUCUGCUGAUAUCAAUGUCCUAUAUGAGCAUGUGGAAUGAUGGUAGAGGAAGUGUUUCUGACUAGUCCACUAUUAUAUUUUGUCUAUGGGCACUAUUGUGAAAGGCUGUCAAUUUAAAUGGUCAAAAACAAUCCUUGACUGCAUUGUUCUCUGAUGGCAAACAGUGCAAUAUAUCUGAUCUUUGCAGUGUCGUCCCAGACCUUGCACCUUAGGUUCUGCUGCAGUAACACAGGUAAGCGAAACCUAAGGAAACCAGUGUUUUGAUUGUUCAGUGACAUGAUCCAUAUACAUGCAAAAAAAAUGCUUACCUGUGUUAACAUGCCUCAAUGCAUUUAUGCUGAGUCGUAAAGAAAUGUCAAGGAUAUUUAAGUGUGACCAGCUCUUUAAGAUCUGCUUUCAUUAUUGAUUUGCAUGACUUGUUCUAUGAAAUUUGACUUUUCAAGUGACUACCCAUAAGUUGUGUAGGUUCUGAGAAAAUUUUAUGUGCUGAUUACCUGAUAGUCUUUUCUUUGCACCCUGGUAAGUGACAGCCACACUAGUAUAACAAACUGCAUGUAAACUUGUUGCCGUAAGUUAGCAAUGUGCUCUUCUGAUAGGUCAAACACAUUGAAAUUGCUGACUUUGAUUGUUUGUGUCGUGGUGUGAAUCUGCCCUCAAGUGCAGUGCAAAUCUUUUAUUGAAACGCUGCUGCCUUCACUUCUCGCUCACAGUGUUGGAGGAUGCUGCAAGCUUAGGUCGUAGAGUCAGGCCCUGUCGUAGUUUGUCCCCCCAAAAGGAGGAAUCCUUUGUCAGUCCCACUGCUGAACGUAGACCGUUCAAGAGCUCCAGUGAUAAGGUAAAAAAAUUAAAGCAACGCAAUGAAAUUGAAAUUCUAUGAUUUCAAGUGUUGGUCAGAAACAUGUUUUUUCCAUCUCGGAUUGACUGUUUUUUAAUCAUGAUCGUGUGUUUAGUUGUUUGCUGGUUUCUGUUACGGCUUGUUUGACUUCAUCACUAACUUGAACAGGAAUGUGCUUUAGAAAGUUGGAUGAGGACAGGAACUACUACUACUUUGACACGUGCACUGUUUUAUAACUUUGGGGGUUGUGGUUUAAAUUCACUCUGUAGUUGGUCACUGAUCAAUCUGUACAUGGGAGUUGCUCAGUGUUUCAACACAGGUUGAGGGGUGUAGAAGACUAAACAAGGAGCAUGCCUUCGAGGUAAAAAGGUUCCGUGUGCUGUGUAUAUUACCGAAUCUAUUGGGUUUUGUUUCUUAAAUUCUCUGUUCUGAGUUUUGAAAUGUGGCCAUGUUCAUUAAUAAAGUUGUAUUAAAAAUCA